GGACGCCCUCUCCUAGCCAGCCGGAAGUCGCGGAAACUGACUAGGUCCCGAAGCUGGUGGCGGCAGCUCCUCUUUUUCCAGUUGACGCACGGACGCCGCUUGGCCGGGGGUGUAGUCAGCUGCAGGACCACCAGGUUCAUGUGGAGGCUCCCUGGCGCCCGCGUCGUGCUUUGUAAGGUACGGACCGUGGUAGAGCGGUGCGGCCGGGCCGAGGCGGCUACUGAAGCGGCGACGGACGCGAUGGAGCGCGCUGUGGUGCGGUGUGUGCCCUCGGAGUCCAAGCUGAGUCUGUCAUUCGCGCUGGCCGAUGGCAGCCACAAGAACAUGCAACGCGACCAGAGCGAACCGUUGGGUCGUGCCCUCAACCGAAUCGCCACCAACGCUCUCAAGGGCCACGCCAAGGCAGCCGCCGCCAAGAAGAGCAGGAAGAACCGGCCGAACGCGAGCGGUGGCGCGGCCCCAGCCUGCGAGCCGGCCCCGGCCUGCGAGCCCGUGGUGAAGCUGUACUACAGGGAGGAGGCGGUGGCUGAGGAUGUGCUCAACGUGGACGCCUGGCAGGACGGCGCUGUGCUGCAGAUUGGCGAUGUCAAAUACAAGGUGGAGCGCAACCCGCCCGCCUUCACCGAGUUGCAGUUGCCGCGCUACAUCAUGGCCGGUUUCCCCGUGUGCCCCAAGCUCAGCCUCGAAUUUGGGGAUCCCGCCGGCUCCCUUUUCCGCUGGUACAAGGAAGCGAAACCCGGAGCGGCUGAGCGUGAGGGCGGGGGCGCUUCGUCGUUGUCUUCCUCCUCUUCGUCGUUCCCUGCUUGGACCGAGACGGGUGUGAACGAGCGUGUCUAUACUCCAUCCAAUGCCGACAUUGGGCUACGGCUGAAGCUUCACUGCACUCCAGGCAAUGGUCAACGCUUCGGACCGAGCCGGGAGUUGGAAAGUGUAUGUCCGGUGGAAGCCGGACCCGGCACCUGCACCUUUGACCACCGGCAUCUUUACACCAAGAAGGUGACAGACGACGCUCUCAUCCGCACGGUAUCCUACAACAUCCUGGCCGAUACCUACGCCCAGACUGAUUUCUCCCGAACGGUCCUGUACCCGUACUGUGCCCCCUACGCCCUGGAGCUCGACUACCGCCAGAACCUCAUCCAGAAGGAGCUCACGGGCUACAACGCCGACCUCAUCUGUUUGCAGGAAGUGGACCGCGCAGUAUUUUCAGACAGCUUGGUUCCUGCUCUCGAGGCCUUCGGACUGGAGGGUGUGUUCCGAAUCAAGCAGCAUCAAGGCCUGGCCACCUUCUACCGAAAGUCCAAGUUUAUUCUCCUUAGCCAGCAUGACAUUUCUUUCCAUGAAGCCCUGGAGUCCGACCCACUUCACAAAGAACUGCUGGAAAAACUAGUUUUGUACCCUUCUGCACAGGAGAGGGUGCUCCAGAGAUCUUCAGUCCUUCAGGUUUCAGUUCUUCAGUCUACAAAGGACUCUUCUAAAAAGAUGUGUGUUGCUAAUACACAUCUCUACUGGCAUCCAAAAGGUGGAUACAUUCGUCUCAUUCAAAUGGCGAUAGCCUUGGCUCACAUUCGACAUGUUUCAUGUGAACUGUAUCCUGGCAUUCCAGUUAUAUUUUGUGGGGACUUUAAUAGUACACCUUCUACAGGAAUGUAUCAUUUUGUCAUCAAUGGCAGCAUUCCAGAGGAUCAUGAAGAUUGGGCUUCCAAUGGGGAAGAGGAACGAUGCAAUAUGUCUCUUACCCAUUUCUUCAAACUGAGAAGUGCUUGUGGUGAACCUGCUUACACAAAUUAUGUUGGUGGCUUUCAUGGAUGUCUGGAUUACAUUUUCAUUGACUUAAAUGCUUUAGAGGUUGAACAGGUAAUUCCAUUGCCUAGUCAUGAAGAAGUCACUACUCACCAGGCCUUACCUAGUGUUUCCCAUCCCUCUGAUCACAUAGCGCUUGUAUGUGAUUUAAAAUGGAAAUAGAUUUGUAUUUAAUGGAAUUUGUUUACAUUCUGAAAAGACAGUUAGUUACUUUAGUAGGAGAAUUUAAUAUGAAUCAAAGUGUACAUGUAACCUUCAAAGACGAAAACUAGAUACUGAAAUGUUCAUAACCCAUUAUAGUUAUGUUUCAGGUAUCUUCAUUUUGUGACUGUUCUUAAUAUUUGCUUAAUAUAGUUUCUCUACACUCUUCAGAUAUAUUUAUGACUGGCAGUAAGAAAACUGAAUUAUUGUGUAUGUUUUUAAGUGAUUUUUUUGAGCUAGUAAUUAAGAAUUUUUUUUAAGCACCAUAUGAAUGAUCCUAUAAUUUUUCUACUAUAAAAAGAUUUCAAAUUGAAUCGUGUUUAUAUAAUUAGGGGAAAAAAUGUAUACAAAGUAAGGUGAGAGGCCUACAUUCUGACAUAUGGAAGGAAUAGCAUUAGAGUCUACCUCUACCUCAAUUUGAUUAGCAAUUUAAUACAAUUUCAGAGCUUUAACAAAUUUAAAAUAUACCAUCAUUUGUCAUUCUUCUCAUCCUUCAUUCUUCAUUCAACAAGUCAGAUAUUUUCAGUCUCUUAUUUUUUAGUGUAUGGUGUAAAUGGACAUAUUUAUAUCAUUCUUACUGUAGUUCAUUUUAGGAUGAAAGCACAGUUUAGAAUUCAAAGUGAAGAGCAGCAUACUCAAUUUUAUCCCAUUGUCUUUAAUUACUCUUUCCUGUGAAGAUGGUUAUAAAUCAAUGGGAUCAAUAAAAUAAUUGACCACAUGAAGUUAAAGACUACAGUGCAAUACAUCACUUUAUGAGAAACUGAUCACUGAUAGGGCCAGAAGUUUUGGAUGAACCACUGAGUGUUUCUGUGGUAGAAGUAUUUUCAGAAUUGUUGGUUUUUUUAUAAUGAGAAAUAGUAGUAAUGGGGCUUUUGAGCAUCCCUGAAAAAAAUUCAUUUUUAUAGACGUGAGCAUUAUAGUUUCAGCUACAGUAAAAUAUUAUAUAUAUAUAAUUUAUAUAUUGUUCAAGAAAACCUUAAAUAUGAAGCCAAAUCCUUUUUAAAAUUAGAAGUACAAAAGAUUGUGUUGACUAGUAUCUAUCCUAGAGUGGUAACUGAGCUGUGCUAUUUAUUACCAAGCUUGUUUGCAGUGCUUUAGCUGUUGCUCUUUUGAUGUUCAUGAUAACCUUAGGUAUUAAAAGCCCACUCACCUCAAGAAGAGCUCUGCUUUUCCAGUUGUGAAAGUUCUUGUUCCAAAUUCUUUAGUCUCUAAGCCCAAUACCGUAAGAACUUUCCUCGUUUUGAUAGAGUAACUUGUACUUUUCAUAUUCUGCUCACUAUCCAUUGGAUUACCUCUUCUUUUAGGAAGUUUGAGAAUGAGAGGUUAUUACCUACAAAUCAAACCUUGAAGUACUUAAAUUAUUUUAAGGGAAAAUAGUAAGGUGGCAGUUUCUUGGGAUCUUGUUUAGAAAAAGCUAUAGAUGAAAAAUGAAGCUACCAAAUUGUGCCUUCCUAAAUAACAUUUUUAGAGCAUUUCAACAUGAGUUUACAAAUACAUAAAUGAUAUAUUAAAGUCAGAAUCUGAUUAUUUUGCAAAUUGUAUUUUUUUCCCUUUGAUUUGAUCUGCUUUCAGCCAAAUGUGUUGACAGGACCCUUAGGAUAACUUGAGAGAAAACCAGAAAAAGUUGAGAAACAUUUUGGAAAAAAAAUGCAGUGUGAAAUAAUUGCUCAUGCCCAUGAAAACAUGUACAGGUCCUAUAUUGACACCAUGACAAGCUAGAUUGAACUGUGGUCAGAAAAACUCUUAAGUACUUAUCAAACAUUCCAAGUCCUGAAUCCUUAAUUUUGAUAUUUCCUGACUAAACAGUGUGAUCAGACUGUAUACAGGCAUUUCAGAAUAUUAGGUUAUAGAAUAUUAUUAUGAAUGCCAUAUACUCUUUAGUCCAGAUAUAGAUAUGUUAAAAUGAUUGAAGUCUUAAGGUAGGGAACACUAAGAAAAUUGCAUAAAUAGCAUACCAGAGUCUCCUUGUACUCAUGAGUUAGAAUAGGGUGUUAUUCAGAAAUGUUUAAGUGUUUAGAGCCAUCUUUGUGAUUUUUUCUAUAACAUUUGGGUUUGUUUUUUAGUACAUUAAAUUUUAAUAAAAUGGAAGUCUAUCAGUUCUUUCCACAGUGAACCACAUUUUAUGAUGGCACAAAUUGCUUUGUAGGUCGUAACAGUCCAAAUAUCUAUAGUAUUGAUUAGAAAUGACCAAGAAUAGUAUAGAACACUUACUCUUAAAAUGAACUCUUGUGUAUUUGCCACUACACCAAACAUGUACACUGACAGCUCAUAAUUCAUUAGUAAAAAUAAUUUCUGGCUGUAAUGUGAUAUUUUUAAAAACUCUGAAUACUAAAAUCAGUUGUUUCAAAUUUCCGGGAAUCUCACUGGGGGGUGACUUUUCUGAGAAAAUUAAGGUAUGAUCUUACCAGAUUGUGCUGGUUUCAGUCUGGAAAUAGAUCUCUGAGGAACAUAAUACAAGGGUGAGACUGUCGAAAGAAUGCUACUAUAGGAAGAUUUCCCUGAUGGAAAUUGACAUAUUUAAAACUCAUAUUGUCUAAUUAUGUACAGGUAAAGGUUCCCUACAAAAUGGUUUGAUAGGGACAAACCCAAAAUCAAAAUACAAUGAAAAAGUCUGCACUGUUAGGUUAUGACAAGACCCACAUGGCAACUCAAUAGGGAAAAAAUCUUUCCUCAAAUUAUGGCAAAUGCUGAAAUAUUUUCUAAAUACAAUUCAAAAAUAUUUAAAUGUUUUGAAAAUUUUAGUAUUUUGCUCAAUAUAGUACUAUAAAAAAACACGAUCUUAUUUUGGGAAAGGAAACAAUUUUAAGAGAUUUACUAAUUUGGGUAAUAGUCAAGUUCUGUGGUCCCACUUUUUGAAGUACUUUAAUAUUGAAGGUAUUAGAGCUGUAUUAAAUUGGAUGAUUAUUUAGCACUAAUUCCAGGAUAACAAUACCACAUUCUGAGAUUACAAUACCAAGGCUUUUUAUUAAUUGAGGUAAAAUUCACUUCACACUACAUAAAAUGAACUAUUUUAACAUAUACAAUUCAGUGGCAUUUAAUAAAUUCACAAUGUUGUACAACAAUCAUCUCUGGCUAGUUCCAAACAUUUUCAUCACCCCAAAAGGAACCCUGUACCCACUCAGCAAUCACUUCCCAUUCCUUCCUUCCCAGCUCCUAGCAAUUGCUAAUCUGCUUUCUGUCUCUAUGGAUUUAUCUAUUCUUGACAUUUCAUAUAAAUGGAAUCAUACAAUAUGGGACUUUGUUUUAGCUUCUUUCAUUUAGCAUGUUUUAAAGGUUUAUUCGUUUUAUAGCCUGUAUCAGUACUUCAUUCUUUACGGACAUUUGGAUUGUAAAUAGCAUUUUAGCUACUGUGAAUAAUGUAGCUAUGUACAAAUUUUUGUUUGAAUACCUGCUUUCAUUUCUUUGGGAUAUAUACCUAUGAGUAGGAUUUCUGGGUUUUAUACUAAUUUAUUUUGGGGGGAACCAUCAAACUGUUUCCACCGUGGCUCCACCAUUUUAUGUUCCCACCAGCAAUGUACAAGAGUUCUGAUUUCUCCACAUCCACAUUAACAAUUUGUUGUAUGUUUUGAUUAUAGUUAUCCUAAGUGGGUGAGAAGUAGUAUCUCUACUAAUGCAUUUUUAACUUGUGUGGUCUAAUUGAAUUGUUGCUGUCAUGAACUGUAUUUACAAUGUGUUACCCAGCUGCCUGUAUUUUUUUCCAGAGAGCCUAUCUUCAGCAAUUCCUACUUUUACAAGUUCGUGUCAAGUUGGAAAGGUCAGUCUCAUUGCUUCUUUUGAAAAGAUUUGGGAAGAUAAAAGUUACCAAAAAUACCAAAGACCUGGAGUGUAUGUAAAUUAGAAAUAAGAAACCUGUGGUAACAAAACAAGGACAUUUUAAAAAUACUGAUCUACUUUAGUGACUUGUUUCAGAGGAUGAACUUGUUUACUAAUGUUGGCUUUUAAGUGGUUUGACCAUUCUCCACUAUUACCUACCGCUCUUUAAAUGCCAGCUUAGAUACACAGAGUAGCAGAUAGAAAGAAUGCCUAGUAUUAAAUCUUGAGAAACUGAGAUGGCUGUGGCUGGAUAUAACUUAAGUUACAAUGCAUAAUCCAUAAAACAAUCAACCUUUAAUUAAAGAUCUUAGAAUUUGAAAAGAAAACCCUAAAUUCAAGAUAAGCUUUAAAAAUAAGUUAUUAAAAAUACCAUAUUGAGCUAAUACAUUAAAAACUGUAAUAGAAAAAUUAUUUUAAAGUUGGCCAUCUUCAAAGUGUAUUGAAUCAUAUUGAAGCCAGGUGCUAAAACUUACAAUCUCCAAAUUGUAGAACUUUAAAAUAUUAAAUCUGUCCAUUUGGUUGGCUAACUAGUAAUUACCAGCAGAAUUCAUUCUAUGAUAGCAAACUAAGUUGUUAAAAUCCAUUUUCAUAUUGGCACUAUUUGGUUUUUAUUCAUAAUUUUAAAUUUUCUUAAACUUCACUAAAAACAAAUCAUCUCUGCUGUUUGUCCGUUUUAUAUAUUGUCAAUGGAUUUAUACAAUGUAGUCCAUUUUGCUCAAUAACUCACUUUAAUCUCUUCCUGGAAUGUUGCUUAGUGUGCAUUUCUUUACUGUACUGAAGUAUUCCUGGGUUGCCUUUUUGAUGAUUUCAUAUUGUUUUGUGUUCUUUCUACCCUAAAUAUGGUUCAGAAGAGAACUGGAUAUUCUUUUAGUUGGCUUUCUUAUGUUGGAUAACAGUAUACACAUUUUGCAAAUAAUUUAUUGUAUAUAAUCUUUAUUUCCACUGUGGAACAUUUUGGAAAAAUGGUAUAUCCAGUGAUAAAAUCACUCAGAAAUAAAACUAGCCUUCCUCAGAAAAUCUGGGUUAAAUACAGUAUUUGGGGUAUCUCAAACCAAGGAAGGAUAUUUCUACUCAAGCUAAAGAAUUUUUUAGAAUUCUGUUGUAAAUAAUAGAAUUACGUCACCCCUUUCACCUACCUUUAUUACCUACCUCAGGAACUAUGGCUUUGCAUCCUGGCUUGUGUACUUUUUCGUCAUCUUAAAUGUAAGAAUUCCAUGGUGCUUUUUGGCUCUUCACUCCUAAAUAUUUUUUUUUUCUUUUGUCACUGCAUGUCAAAUCUAUGACAAGGAAUGGCCCCCCAAAGAAACCCCCAUACCCUUUUAGUAGUCCUUCCCCAUUCCCCUUUCCUUGAGCCCCUGGCAACCACUAAUCUACCCUCUCUACCAACUUGUUAAAUGGAAUCAUACAAUAGUCUUUUGUGAUUGGCUUCUUUCACUUGGCAUGUUAUUCCAUGUUGUAGCAUGUAUCAGUCCUUCAUUUUAUGGCCAAGUAAUAAAUCCAUUGUAUGAAUAUACCACAUCUUAUUCAUUCAUCAGUUGAUGGACAACAUUUGGGUUCUUUCCACUUUUUGGUAACUAUGAAUACUACUACUGCUGCUAUAAACAUGAAUUUAUAAGUUUUUGAAUGGGCAUGUUUUUGUUUCUCUUGGGUAUUAUAUACCUAGGAGUGGAAUUUCUGGGUCAUAUGGGAACAGUUUAACCUUUUGGGGGAACUGCCAGACUUACUCAAAGCAUUUACACU